GUUCUUUACUUUCUUUGUAUUAAUAUAUAUUAUAUAGAUAGAUCAUCUGUUUUAUAAACAUGUAUCAACCUUCGGGUAAUAACCAACAUUAUCAAUAUUAUGAAGACAACAAGCAAUAUGGUUCUCAUCCAAUGACUUCCAAGUCACCGCCUCCUCUUCAACAUCCUGUUCCUCAGCAUCCUAUUCCAAACUUCAAUAGUACCGUUCAUCAUACACCUUCUCCUGGUCUUGGUCAACAACAACAACAACAACAACAACACUAUCAACAAUACUUACCUCAACAAUCAACUCAACAACCUCAACCACAACAGGGAUAUCAGCCUCAUCACUAUGCUCCUGGACAAACAACCGAUGCCUUUUAUUCUCAAUUUAAUUUGAAUGAUCCCGCUGCUCAGAUGGGUAUGCAUUUUGCUGGUAAUGCUAUGGCUCAAGGAACUGCAUAUAUGGAACGAAACUUCAAUCGUUGGGUCAAUAUGCCAGCUUUAAGGCAUUAUUUCAAUGUGAACAAUCUUUACGUUGUCAAUAAACUCAAACUACUUAUUUUCCCUUGGCGUCACUCGUCUUGGACUCGAUCAAUAAAGCGAACCGAAACUGGACAAAUGGAUGGAUUUAGACCACCUAGAGACGAUAUCAAUUCUCCUGAUCUAUAUAUCCCAGUAAUGGCCGUGGUGACCUAUGUUUUGAUGUGUGGUCUUGUAGCUGGCCGACAAGGAUCAUUCCAUCCUGAAAAGUUAUAUGUUGCCGGGUCGACUUCUGUGGCUAUUGUCUUUUUUGAAAUCAUGUUUACCAGAUUGGGUUGCUACUUUAUGAAUAUACCUUUUGAAGCUUCGAUUAUGGAUUUGGUGGCUUACUAUGGAUAUAAAUUUGUGGCAAUUAUUGUGACAGAUGUAGUCAAAUUACUAAGUGGUUCUGGAUGGAUUUCUUGGGCUGUGUUUUUCUAUACUGGGCUCAGUGUUGGUUUCUUUUUGCUUCGAUCCAUGCGUUAUGUGAUAUUACCUGAUGCUUCUGCUGGUCCUUCCACAUUGAAUCCUCAAAGAAAACGACGAAUGUGGUUCUUAUUGAUGAUCGCUGCCUUACAAUUAGUUUAUAUGUUUUUCCUUAUCAACUAAAUAGUUUCCGUUUAUGUUAUCCCCUCUCGCUUCUUCUUUUUAUUUAUUAUUAUUGUUAUUAUUUCUUUUUUUACGCCAUCACCUCCUAGCAUUUGAUUCCAAUACACCCUUUCGUGUAUUUUUUUUUUUAUGGUUUAAUACCAAUAAAAUUCUCAUUAUUUUAUUUUA